AUGAUAGAGAAGUUCUUAAAGAACAAGAUCAUCAGUCAAAACGAAAAGUUAUUGAAACUUUAUACGGUAUUUGGUCUCCCACCUAGUCAGUUGUUACCGCCAUCACGUCCAAGAACUUUGCCUCCACCAUUCGAAUUCCAUUCUUCGAAUAACCAAGACAUUUCAUAUAUAUCCAGUCCGAGAUUAUCUAUUACUAAGUUAUUAACAUCAUCUUGGUGUGAAUUACGCGAUUAUUAUGAAGUAUAUAGUGGAAGCAUACGAACAACCAAUGAAUCAUUGAAAUUGGGAUCUAAAUAUCAUGAAGCUUUGGAACUAGAGGAUUUUGAAGUGAUAAAUAUUGAUUUAUUUGAAGAGUUUUUGAAAUCUUUACCUGAUAUUCGUCGGCCUGACCCCAAAGAACCAACAGAGAACUUUUUUUAUGACACAGAAUCAAAAUUGUCCAACGAUUGGUUUGAAAGCAUAAUCCUACGGUUAUUCAAUCUUCUCACCAAGGGAGAUACAAGAGAACUUCUUGUUCAUGAUUAUUUGGACUUGAAGACAUGUCAAUUCCAGAAUACUGAUGAUUCAGUAAUGGUAAGUGGUAUUAUCGAUUACAUCAAACUUUUGAAUCCAUCGGACCAUGGGGAUUUUUCGUUAUUUGAAGAAGUUCAAUUAUAUCUCGAAUUGAACCCUAAUUAUCGAUUGAAUACGUUCUUAGAUGAAGUUCAAGAUUUGGUAACUGAUCACAACUAUGAAUUGAAAUUUACAGAUAUUAAGACACGUCAGAUCAAUCAAAUACCCGCUCAACAAUCGGUAUUGAUGUCAGCUUAUCUACAAGUGUGUUAUUAUAAGUACUUCUUCGAGAACCUUGCACGAGAUCCAUCAGAAACUUACCAAAUGUUAUUAAAGAAUGCCAGAGUCCGUCAUUGUGAUCUUGAUAAACCAAUAGACAUACGGUUGAUGUUAAGUUUGUUGAGAAAGUAUCCUGACUUGUUGCUUGAUGACUUUAAACUGUUAGCGAACGGAUCGUUUAAAUCAUUCGAACCUAUAGUUGCAACAGACUAUGAUCUCACCAAUUUGAUUACUGAAAAGGACAUUCAGAAUCUUAACGAAAUUGACGAUUUUGAUUACAACAGAAUCCUCAAUAGAGAGAUUCUAACCAAAUGGGAAAUACCACUUACAUUAAGGUACUUCGCUCAAAUUAGCAGUAAAUUUUAUCAUGUUUUCAAGCCUUUCAAAUGCAAGGACAUUUCUAUAGAGUAUCAUAACGUACGAACCAACCUUAACUUUCAAACAGUAGAAUAUCAAUUCGAUCAGGCAAAACUUAAUGAAUCAAUUGAAUCAUCAGCCAAGUUUUGGAAUGGAGAGAAAAUUCCUAAAGGUGUGAAAAAUCUAGGGAAAUGUAAAUAUUGUGAUUUCAAUACUCGUUGUCCCGUCCCCAAUAAAGAUUUGAAAAACAUAGGAUGGGAACUUACCAAGUUUUUAAAUCAACCAUCAACUUAA